CUUCUUGACAUCGAUCACCACGAACAAGCAGCCACACACCACUUCGAUACCGACGAGACCUACACACGGCCUCGCACCUCAGCACUUGACGCACGGAAACGACCGCGCACACGCUCACUCGCAAAACAUCCCCGCACACGACAGCAAAAUGGCGGAGACUCCUACCUUCAAGCUUGUGCUUGUCGGCGAUGGCGGUACCGGAAAGACCACCUUCGUCAAGCGCCAUUUGACCGGAGAGUUCGAGAAGAAGUACAUUGCUACGCUCGGAGUCGAGGUCCACCCUCUCGGAUUCACCACGAACUUGGGCCCAAUCCAGUUCGACGUCUGGGACACGGCAGGCCAAGAGAAGUUCGGCGGUCUUCGUGAUGGCUACUACAUCAACGGCCAGUGCGGUAUCAUCAUGUUCGACGUCACAUCUCGCAUCACCUACAAGAACGUGCCCAACUGGCACCGCGAUCUCGUCCGCGUCUGCGAGAACAUCCCGAUUGUCCUUACCGGCAACAAGGUCGACGUGAAGGAGCGCAAGGUCAAGGCGAAGACCAUCACCUUCCACCGCAAGAAGAACCUCCAGUACUACGAUAUUUCCGCCAAGUCCAACUACAACUUCGAGAAGCCUUUCCUCUGGCUCGCGCGCAAGCUCGUCGGCAACCAGUCUCUGGAGUUCGUCGCUGCGCCAGCCCUCGCCCCACCAGAGGUCCAGGUCGACCAGGCCGCUAUGGCUCAGUACCAGAAGGAGAUGGAGGAUGCUUCCGCCAUGCCCCUGCCCGAUGAGGAGGACGCCGACUUGUAAAGAGCCAGCGACUCAAAUCUCGCGGGAUUGGAGGACACGACGCUUGUUGGGGUGCUGCGCAUAACGGGCAGGACUCCGCAGCGAGGACGUACGCAUACCGAGAAAUCGAAAUGACACAGGUCGCACGGACCCAAGUGGGAGGAUAUCAUGGCUAAGCGGGUUGCUGUACUUUCAACCUUUUCGGAGGGACAUUUGACGACACGAGAGCACACUGAGGUGCACUUUCCACUACCACGAAUGAGAGCAGGGCAGUACAUUGCGAAGCGAUCAUCAAAGUC